AUGUGCAAGGGCCAAGGUGGGGUGCAGCAGGGAGACACUCUCGCCCCCUUCUUCUUUAUCAUAGCUCUGGACUACACGCUCAGGAAAGCCAUCAACGGGCGGGGGCAGGAGCUUGGCUUCACAAUUACACCAAGAAGGUCUAGAAGAAGCCCUGCUGUAGCCCUGGCAGACCUAGACUACGCAGAUGACAUCUGGCUGUUGGCUGAUCGCGUGGAGCAGGCACAGGAACUCCUGAACACAGUGGAGGUGGAAUAUGGCAACACUCUGCGAGAGGUCAAUGACUUCAAGUACUCGGGUUCCUGGAUGAACCCCACAGAACAAGACCUUAAGGUCAGGAAGGCACUAGCGUGGAGGGCCCUGAACGAUGACAUCUGGCUGUUGGCUGAUCGCGUGGAGCAGGCACAGGAACUCCUGAACAGAGUGGAGGUGGAAUGUGCCAGGGUUGGCCUCAGACUGAACGCAAAGAAGACUGAGGUAAUCACCUAUAACCUACACAUGGACCACCCGCCAAUAACAACAUCAGAUGGCAACGCUCUGCGAGAGGUCAAUGACUUCAAGUACUCGGGUUCCUGGAUUAACUCCACAGAACAAGACCUUAAGGUCAGGAAGGCACUAGCGUGGAGGGCCCUGAACGGUAUGUCGAGAGUGUGGUGCUCGAAUCUCCCCCGACACAUAAAGCUGAGUCUAUUCCACGCCACUGUGGAGUCUGUCCUCCUGUAUGGCUGCGAAAGCUGGACCCUGACACCCACCCUGCAGAAGUCCCUAUAUGGGUGCUACACCAGAAUGAUACGAGCCGUUCUGAAUGUGGACCAGAACAUCCACAUCAUCAACAAGGACCUGUACGGGCAACUGCCGAGGCUCAGCAAGAAGCCCCCCAACUACAUCACGACCAUCGUGGUUCAGGUCCAGUGCACCAACGAGUUGGUCGGCACCGUCAUUUUGCACGAGGUGCGGAUCGUGGUGAGGGACCGGAAUGACAACACGCCACGUUUUCAGCUACCACGCUACUAUGUCGCAAUAAACGAGCUCACCCCAGUGGGGACCACCAUCUUCACGGGCUUCUCAGGGAGGAACGGAGCCACGGACAUCGAUGACGGACCCAAUGGACAUAUAGAAUACAGCAUUCUUUACAACCCCAAUGAUCCGCCGUCCAACAGCACCGUGAGCGUCGCCAACACCCUUUCGGGACACAUUGUUCUGGCUGAGAGGCUCAACUACGAGGAGAGAACGCGCUACCUUGUUUUGGUCCAAGCCAACGACCGCGCUCCGUACCCUCCCAACAGACGUACCGCCACCACCACGCUGACGGUGGACGUCUUAGACGGCGACGACCUUGGACCCAUGUUCCUGCCUUGCGUUUUGGUCAACAACACCCAGGACUGCAACCCCCUCACCUACCACGCCGCUAUCCCCGAAUUCACCGAACCGAGCAAGUUGAACCCUCUCAACGUCACCCCCCCCAUCCGAGCGGUGGACAUGGACAGAAACAUCCAACCCCCGUCGGACAGACCCGGCAUGCUGUACCACAUCCUGGUUGGCCAUCCAGCCACCUAUCCUAAAUACUUCUCCCUGAACAAGUCCACGGCGGAGCUGCGCGUCCUGCAGCCCAUCAGCAGGGACUUGUUUCAGAGGUUCACGCUGGUUAUUAAGGCCGAACAGGACAACGGUCACCCGCUGCCGGCCUACGCCGACCUGGUCAUCGAGAUCCUGGACGAGAACAACCAGGCGCCGUUCUUCCAGUUCAUGACCUAUCAGGGCUACGUGAGCGAGUCGGCGCCGGUGGGCACGACCAUUUCGGCCGGCAUCGACCUCACCUCGCCGCUGGAAAUAAUCGCUCUGGAUAACGACGUAGAGGAGACUCAAGACCCCAUGUUGAAGAUAACCCAAGACGACUACCAGGCCAUAUUCAGCCUGACCGCCGCUGGAAUAAUCCGCUACCUGAGGCUGCUGAAACCCGUGGACCGCGAGAGGCAGAUGACCUACACGUUUACGCUGGUGGCAUCGGAUGGCGUCCAGCAGAGUGGCCCCGUCGCGGUCAAUAUCUUGGUCAUCGAUGCCAAUGACAACACGCCCGCAUUCGCUCAGGUGUCCUACAGCGUGGACUUAUUCACAGACAUGCUACCCGGGGAGACGGUGCUGCAGUUAUCAGCCGAGGACGCCGACGAGGGGCUAAACGGUCUGGUGACCUACGAGAUCCUGGCCGGGGCCCAGGGACACUUUGUCAUCAAUAACCGCACCGGCCGCAUCACGGUGGCGCCGGGCGUCACGCUAGCUGUCGGACGAUCAUUCGCCCUGACCGUCAAGGCGUCUGAUAAUGCGCCGGAGUCCCUGAGGAGGAGCUCCAUCACGACGGUCUACAUCGAAGUGUUGCCGCCCAACAACCAGAGCCCGCCGCGCUUCCCCUUGGUCACCUACAGUCUGGAGGUCAGCGAGGCCACCAGGAUCGGAGCUAUCCUGCUCAAUCUGCAGGCCACAGACAGAGAAAACGACCCCAUCACAUAUCGCAUUCUCAGCGGGGAUUCCCACAACGUGUUCAACCUCUCCGAGACGAUUGGACUUCUUAUUCUGGAAAAACCUCUGGACCGGGAAACCACGGACCGCUACCGUCUGGUCGUCACAGCCUCGGAUGGCAACCCCGGAGGGACGUCCACCACGACUGUCGGCGUGGUCGUGACUGACGUCAACGACAACGACCCAGAAUUUGAAGACACGGCGCCCUUGAACUUCACGGUCCAAGAAGAGAAGGCCAAUCUGUUUGUGGGACAAGUCAAGGCCACGGAUCCAGAUGCGGGGGCUAAUGGCCAAGUUCACUACCGCAUCGUGAAUCAUCCUGACUUGUUCGUAAUCAGCGCCAACGGCAGCAUCUACACCCGGGUCCCGCUGGACCGGGAGCUAAGGAGCCGCUACCAGCUGGUGGUGGAAGCCUCGGACGGGGCGGUGGACCCCCGGCGCGCCACCUUGACCCUCACGGUGGAGGUGACGGAUAUCGACGACAACAGCCCCGUCUUCUCUCAGCGGACGUACGCGGUGAGCGUGCCCGAGAACAGCCCCGUGGGAACCGUCAUCCUGACGCUCAGCGCUGCGGACGCAGACCUCUUUUCCAACAUCACCUACCGUAUCAAGUCGGAAUCGGCCCGCCGGCUGUUCUCCCUGAACCUCGUAACGGGCGAGCUGGCCGUGCUGCAGACUCUGGACUUUGAGGACCUGGCAGCCAUGGGAUUGUCGGGGGCGUCUUACACUUUCCAGGUGGAAGCCGUGGACCAGGGAAGCGUCAUGCCGCCGGGGCAAGCCACCGUCACGGUCCGCAUCACGGAUAUGAACGACUUCUCUCCAGUGUUUAGCCAGGUCCUGUACAAAGGCAUGGUGGCACCCAACGCAGAGAAAGGGACAGUCAUCGCUACUGUAUUUGCCGAGGACCAGGACCCACCUGUGAGUAGCUAA